CGUCGACGCGACGCUGUCACGUUGAGAACGCAACCGGCCACGCCACGCGCAUUCCUGCACGGUGUCGAAAACACUACGCGGAAAAAUCUGCGGCAAGGAUGUCAAACUUUGACAAACUCCCAGCUACAUAGUUCUUCAACUUGUGGAUGUUGUGCAAAUGGUGUUUCACGUGCUGAGUGUACAACACUCUUUUUUGAAGUUUGCUGUGCUUCUAAUCCAUCUGCAAGCGGAAAACGGUUAUAACUGUCGCGGGAAGUUUAUAAACCAGAUUUUACCUUAUUUACGCAUACAUUCUUCACAUAACCUUUGAAUUAUUUUCUUUUUUUCCUCAAUAUCAACCGCAAAUUUACAAAAAAUGUGUUUUUAAACAGAAAUUAACGUAAAACACAUAAGAAAUUCAUAUAUUAAGUGUGAAAUUAUUGCCCAACGCACAUAUUUAAAUAAUGACUUAAUCAAUUUACACUGAUUGCAUAAUUGCCGGAAAUAUCAAGCAUUUAUCACGUUGAGAUUGAACCGGUGAGCGCGCGAGUUUGAUUUGUGCAUGUGUGAACGGUGCGGGCGUGCGUCAGUGCGAAUUGAGUGUGCAACGGGUUAAUUAAUUGGAAAGUGCCAAAACAGUGUGCCCGCCAAAGUUUCACCCCUUUGUGAACAUUACAUAAUAAGUAGUCCUGCAGACGAUUUUGAUUACAACACGUUUGUUCGAUUCAGAGUUCAAUUUGCCAAGUUGCAUGCAACAUGAAAAUUCCGUGUAAAAUUUCCGUUGUUGAGCAAAACUUGUACAUGUGAAGGAUAAUUGCGUGUGGGAGAGCGAGUUUCGGCAUCAUCAUGACUGUGCACAGUUGGAUCGUCUUCACGGUGAUAGUAGCAACUUGCUGCUGCGGUGGAAUUUAUGGUAACCAUCGACGGAGAGAACGAUUAAAUCGUUAUUUUCCAGAUAAAGAUAAAGACAAAGAUGAUCUCUUAUCAGCACUUGGUAAAAAUCACAAAUUUGACACAGGACCAAAUUCGGUGUAUCAAACCGUGGAUGUAAAACCAUCCAGGUUUUUCCUCAGUCCAAAUCACACAAAAGUUCACGCGCAAACACGGACGACGGCUGUUCUUCAUUGUGAAGUUACUGAUAUUGGAAAUUGCACGGUCACUUGGAAGCGGAUACGGGACUAUCAAAUAUUAACUUUUGGUCUGUUGACCUACAGCAGCGACAGCAGAUUUUUCGCUCGCAGUGGUAAAAGUGGCAAGGAUUGGUCGCUGCACAUCAGAUACGUGGACACAGAUGACGCCGGCGUAUACGAAUGCCAAUUGUCUUCCCAUCCUCCGGCGAGUGUUUAUGUGGAAUUACAAUUAGUAGAAGCGCACGCUGAAAUAAUUGGCGGACCGGAUAAGAUCGUCAAGUCUGGGUCGCCGCUGUUGCUCAGCUGUGUCCUGAAGCGUAGCACAGAGGCGCCGGAAUAUAUCUUUUGGUAUCAUGGCGAUCGUAUGAUCAAUUACGAUCUGGGCGGCGGGGCGGCGGUGCGCCACGGGCGGCAAGGCAGCGAGCUACUCAUCCCUAGCGCUGAAGUUCGCCAUGCCGGAAACUACUCAUGCGUGCCGUCAAACGCACGUCCGGAUAGUGUCAAUGUUCACGUCCUUCACAGUGAAAAACCAGCUGCAAUGCAGCACGGAAGCAAAAACUCAUCUACAUCCUCGCAUUCUUCAAGACAAAGUACACAAAAACAACACCUGCUGGUGAUGUAUGUCCUGCUACCUGUGAUAAUGCACAGAUGACCGUUUUAAAUCUAUUAAUAUGAAUGGAUGGAAUGUUAAUGCGCUAGCAGUGCUGGAAUAUGCCAGGAAUGUAAUCAAAACGGAUAAUAAUGACGAGAGCUAUACUAAGCUAAGCAAAACAAACUCAAAUUAAGCCAAACUAACACAUUAGCUUAAAAAAUGAAAGAAAAAUGACAAUUAUCAUGGUUGUUUCGCUAAUAAACUAUAAAAAUGAAAAUGUUGUAGAUUUUCUAUUUCCAUUUAUCAACGUAAAUACUAAAUUUUAUUGCUAAUAUUGAAAUAAGACUAAUCUUAACUUUAAAUCUUCAUGACAAGAUAUUAUCUGUAUGAAUUUGAAAAUUAUUAACAAUAUUUAAAUAAUAAUCGUACAAAUUUAUUUAAAAUUAUUCAAUAAAUCAAAUUUUUUGAUUUUAAACUAAAAUAAUUUUCAAAUUCAUAUUUUAAUAUCAAUACGUUUAAUUAAUGUAAAUAUUGAUAAACCUGAUGUUAAGCAUGGUAAAAUAAUUCCAUGUCCUUCCAUUGAAUGGUACGAGAAGUUAACAUUAAGUGAGAUUAUCAACUAAUUUUACAUUAACCAUAAUUAAAACAAAAAAAACAUAAAUGUUUGUACAUUAACAAAACAAUAAUUGAAAUAAUAUAUAAAUAUAAAGAUAUCAAAUCUAAUUGCAUCCAGAAUAUAAACGUGUGUAUUUUUGCAUAUCAUCUUACAACUUAGGCCGAUAGAAAACAUAAUUGUUUAAAUAUUCUUCGAAGACAACUAAAGAAUAUAAUAACAUACGAAUUACUCGUCGUCCUGGACAAAUAUUAACAUAUACUACUGACUAUUAUUUUUGCUGUUGCAAUGUUACCGUCUAAUCUUAAGUAACAAUACUUAAACAUGAAUGGCAAUAAGAAAUCUUCUCAAUUAUUUGUAGACGUUUAAUUUCGACACCUGGAAAUCUUAUAAAAACACAUUUACGUACUUGAUAUUUACAUAUUUUUUAUUAAAUAAAUUUUUAUACAUGUAUAUAAUAGUUAUAAGUACAUAAUGGAAUGUAUGUAUAUAAUUAAUUAUAUAAGUAUUAUCUAUAUAAUAUUAACAACAUUGGAAAACUCUAAGUAAGUCUUAGUUAAAGUAAAUUGGCGCUAUCUAUGUUUCAACAUUAUUUUAAAACUAAUACAAACAUAUUAUAAAUAAAACCGACUAUUAUUGUUAAUAAACAAUUAUAAAAUAAUGUAUUUUAUUAACAUAUGAAACUCAGUCAUGG